ACACCCAAACGUCACACCGGAAGUAGAUGAACCUCCGGGUCAGCAGAGGAACACACGUGUGUCUCCAAAACAGAGCGACUGGUCGGAGGAGUGUGUGGAAGUUGAGUUUCCGUCGUACCUGAGCAGACCCGGCGGCAGAGCGACACCAUGGGCCCGCGGCGGUCGCAGAAGCGGGCGCCGUCGUUCCGGCGGCUGCUGAAGACGAGCGGCGUGAAGCUGCAGAACAAGCAGGAGGCGCGGCGGCAGCGGCAGCAGAGCCGCGACAGGAAGCAGCAGAAGAGCCUGAGGAGGGCCCUCAGGGGCCACGCCGCCCACAGCACGCCACGCCCGCUGGACGCCUGCAAGCCCCGGCCCGAGGAAGAGGAGGAUGAGGAGGCCUUUGUGGAGUCGUUGCCCACAGACAUGAUGGAUGAAGACGACCUGCAGCAGAUCACAGCCUCCUUCAUCAACAGAGACCUGUCGUCAUGCGCCCCGGAGCGUCCCGGUGGCAGGAAGCGGCGGGCCGACGUGGUGCGGAGCUUCGAGAAACUUCCCAGGAAGCAGCUGAGGACGGAGGAGCAGGACCUCGUCCAGCUGCUGCCAAUCAAAGACAGGAGGGGCGGAGUCAUCCCACAGAGCAUGCAGCGGCCAGUUGAUAAGAAGGAGGAAGAGGAGGCUGAGGAAGAGGAAGAAGAGAACAUGGAUGCCGAAUUGGAGGAGUUUGAAAAUGAGGAGGAGCCGCAGAGCAGCGUGGAGCUCACGGCCGAGGAGCGCGAGCAGCUCCGAGCUCAGAGGAUCAGCGAGAGGAAGCUCCGCAUCGCCGGGCUGGCAUCCGCCGUCAUCGCCGACCCCGCCAACAACAUAAAGCGGCUGAAGGAGCUGCGUGGCAUGCUGAUGGAGGCGGACCCGUCUGUGGCCGUGACCGUCAGGAAGCUGGUGAUGGUUUCUCUCAUGGAGAUCUUCAAAGACAUCGUCCCGUCCUACAAGAUCCGACCUUUGACCUCCACAGAGAAGGCUGCCAAGGUGAAGAAGGAGACUCUGCAGCUCCGGGAGUUUGAGGAAGGUUUGGUGAGUCAGUACAAGUUUUACCUGGAGGACCUGGAGCAGACUGUCAAAGACUGGAAGCAGAGGAAGAGGAAGCGCAGCCAGGCGGUGGCGCUGCAGGCGUACCGGGGCCUGGCGGUGGUGGCGGUGCGCUGCCUGUGUGAGCUGCUGCUCGCUCUGCCGCACUUCAACUUCCACAACAACAUCAUCGUCAUGCUCGUCCCGCUCAUGAACGAGCCCAACAGGACGGUGUCGGGGCUCUGCUGCUCUGCCGUGGCGUCUCUGUUCCAGCAGGACAAAGUGGGCGUGGCCUCCCUGGGCGUCGUGCGCGUCAUCUCCGGACUCGUCAAGAGCCUCAACUACAACGUGCGGCCCGAGGUGCUGAGGACCCUGGUGAGUCUGAGGAUAAAGGAGGUGCAGCUGAAGAAAGACACCGAGGACACGGCGCCCAAGAGCAAGUUCAUGAACUACAAAGACAAGAAGAAGAACCUGUCCAGGAUGCAGAGGAAGUGGAAGAAGGCGGAGGAGCGGCUGCAGAAGGAGCUGCUGGAGGCUGAAGCGUCAGAGAGCAAAGAGAAGAAAAUCAAAGUGCACACAGAGACUCUGAACAUCGUCUUCCUCGUCUACUUCAGGAUCCUGAAGAAAGCUCAGAAGUCUGUCCUGCUGCCCUGCGUGCUGGAGGGGCUGGCCAAUUUCGCUCAUCUGAUCAACGUGGAGUUCUUCGACGACCUGCUCAGCGUGCUGCAGAGCCUCAUCCAAUCAGGAGAUCUGAGCGAUCGGGAAAGUCUGCACUGCAUCCAGACGGCCUUCAACAUCCUGUCAGGACAAGGUGACGUUCUGAACAUCGACCCCCUGAGCUUUUACUCCCACCUGUACAGGACUCUGCCCAGGCUGCACGCAGGCAGGUGUAACGAUGACAUCAUCAUUGUGCUGCGGUGCCUGGAUGUGAUGCUGACUCGGCGCAGGAAGCAGGUGACGCUGCAGCGAGCCAUGGCCUUCAUCAAGAGACUGAGCAUGCUCAGUCUGCACGUCCUGCCCAACGCCGCCGUGGCCAUCAUGGCUGCCAGCAGGGCCGUCAUGCACGCCUUCCCCAGGUGUGACCUCCUGCUGGAUAACGAGGUGCAGGGCAGCGGGCUCUACCUGCCGGAGCUGGACGAGCCGGAGCACUGCAACCCCCAGAACACCUCGCUGUGGGAGCUGCACCGGCUGCAGAGACACUUCCACCCUCUGGUGCGGCGCUUCGCUCUCCAUCUGAGUCACGGAGCUCCGAGUGACGGCUCGGCAGCGCUCAGCGCACAGCUCAGCCGCAGCGCUCCGGAGCAGCUGUUUGACGACUACAGCCUGAAGGACAUGACCUUUAACCCCCCUGUCGCAGCGCCCAGCACCAAGAAGAAGGAUCGCUUCGUGGUCGGAGCGGCGCUGCUGGACGCCGAGCUGAGGAGCCGAGCCGAGGAGGUCCUGAGCGCCGAGGACACCGAGCUGGACUUCACCGCAGCACACACACACACACAGGGCAGCAGCUAACACACACACACACACACACACACACUCUGUAUGAAUGUGAAACAGGAUGACUGUCAGCAUGACUUUGAUCAAUAAAGCUUUGAGAUAAAAAAAAAAAAAAAAAAAAA